AUGCCACCGUUGUCGUCUUCAGCCCUCCCCAUCUGCUCGCGAUGCAUGCGACCGGGUUUUGCCCAGCGGGCCUCCCGUACCAUUCAACAAGUCCGCCGUCUCUCCACGCCACCGAAUGAUAACCAUGGAGAGAAAGAGCAAGAGAAGGAGCAAGGCGCCAUGUCGCGCAGACUGGCCGCACUGAGUGAAGAAGGACUCGAAUCUGGAGGCCGCAGUGCCCGCAAAGCCGUGGAGGAAGCAGGUUUUGACGAAGGCCUCAAGCAGGAACUACUCGAGCGGAUCGCUACUGCCUCUUUCCGUAAUGAGCAUGCCGGUGCUAUAUCUCAGGCAGAGAUGCCCAAUAGCGCAAGUCGUCAUAGCGGAGAUAUAGCUGGUGCGACGCCAUGGUCUGGAACUGAAAGUGUGCAUGAUGCGUCUCUUCGCAUGCUCAACGAUUCCUACAAGCCUCUAAAGCCUGUCCAACGAUCUUCCGCUGGACCUUCUCGAGGACCUCCGAGCAAGAUCGAUACUGGCAGACCAAGGAACGCCCCAUCCUCUGGUCUCCGAUUGGCGAACGCACGCGACAAGACGUCCAUCUAUGCGGAAAUGAAAGAGUUACCAGACGAGGAAAGAGAGAAGUUUCGGAAGGAAUUGAAAGAACGCUUUACACCUUCCGCCCGCUCCGCACCUGUGACUCUGAAGGGGCUGGAGUCUCUUGCAAACGAGCGCAUAGAAGACGCAAUUGCUCGAGGCAAGUUUAAGAACCUUCCUAGAGGCAAGGCUAUUGAAAGAGACUACAAUGCGAGUAGUCCUUUUAUCAACACUACUGAAUAUAUGCUCAAUCGCAUGAUUCAACGACAAGAUAUUGUGCCUCCAUGGAUCGAAAAGCAACAAGACAUUGUUAGCACUUCCAACCGCUUCAGAGCUCGUCUUCGUGCCGACUGGCGGAGACACGUCGCAAGGUCCAUCGCUAGUAGAGGAGGAUUGCUGGAAAGCCAACUGGUACUUGCUGAGGAGUAUGCGCGUGCGGAAGCUAUUGAUAAUCCGCCUGCGAAGAAACGGACGGAGAAGAUCAACACCAUCGACAAUGCUGGUCACCUUACUCAGAUAACGCUCGAUGGCGAGAUUACACCAUCUGGCACUGCAGCUACCAAAGAUUCACAACAAAUAACCAUCACCGAAAUUCCCAUCGACGAGGCAGCAAAGCCGAUAUCAAAAGAGGGCGAGCUACAGAUCUCUGUCGAUGCACCUGUGGAAGUCGUGGUAGAACCCAAGGCUCCACCCCCAAAAGUCGCACCAUUCAGGGACGCAGACUGGCUACGCACCGAAAGGGCUUAUCACCAAGCCGCCAUCGACAACCUGAAUCAACUGACACGCUCAUACAAUCUCAUGUGUCCAGCACUGGCUCAGCGGCCAUACUUCUUCCUGGACCGCGAGUUGAACUCGUGCUAUGCAGAAGUUGCNCCCCAAGUGGCUGAUGCCAUCAGGGAGCGUGCAGUGGCGCCAAAGCCAAGAUUUGAGGCUACUUCCAGCAACAAGCCUUCUAGGAUCCUGGGUAAUUUGGCUGGCCCUGCUAGUAAGGUGUACGAUGAGCAACGUCCACAGUUUGGCUUCCGAGAUCUCUGGAGAGAGUGGUUUAGCAAAAAGUAG